GAGGAAUUACAAAUUCACAAUGAUUAGAUUUCAAGGGUUUGUUUCUGUAGCUUGCUUCCUUUUCUACCUUGCGUGCAAAAUGGGCGCUGCUGCUGCAGCUGGAGAUGGGUCAAAUGGAACAGUAGCACCAACGCAUUACUCGGUCCGCAUUGGUGCUGUUCUUGAUUCCAAUUCUUUCAUGGGGGCCAUGAUAGAUGUAUGUAUUUCAAUGGCACAUUGGGAUUUCUAUGCCACGCAUGCAGAUUAUCGAACAAGACUGGAUAUCCACAGGAAAUAUGCUCACAAUGAUUUCCAUAUGACAUCUGCAGUCCUUGAACUGAUAAAGAAUGAAGAAGUGCAUAGUAUUCUAGGGCCUCAAACAUGGACAGAAGGUAAAUUAGUAACGGAACUUGGAGGGAAAGCUCAUGUCCCUGUAAUAUCCUUUACUGAUAGAGGCGGUUCUCUUUCCUAUACACCAAGCCCUUACUUCAUUCGACCUGCACCAAAUGACUUAGACCAAGCAAAAGCUUUUGCUUCCAUCUGCCAAGGAUUUGAAUGGCAUGAAGCAGUCGUUUUGUAUCAAGAUACUAAUUAUGCUACUCGGUUUCUGUCUAUGCUGAAUAAAGCAUUCCAAGAUGCUGAUAUCCAGCUUGCACACGCGGUUGCCAUCUCAAAAUUAGCUGAAGACCGUCACAUCAUGAACGAACUGAAAAAAUUGAAGAAAAUGCAAACUAGGGUCUUCUUAGUGCAUAUGAAUGCUGUACUUGGGUCUAGGCUAUUUCUUCUUGCCAAAAAGGCGGACAUGAUGAGUGAAGGAUAUGCCUGGCUUGUCACUGAUAGCUUAGGCAACUCCUUGAACUCUAUAGAUUCUGCUGCCAUUGAAUGCAUGGAAGGUGUUUUAGGUCUAAGGACUCAUGUACCUAAGACAAAGAAUCUAGACAAUUUCAGAAAUAGGUGGAAAAAGAAUAUGCUUCUGAUGAAACCUGAAAGUACAGGGAGAGAGCUAAAUGUGUAUGGUUUGUGGGCAUAUGAUACGGUUUGGGCACUGGCAAUGGCAGUAGAAACUAUUGGACCAGUAAACCCUGUCUUCUUGGAUAUCAACAACAGCAAGAGUGGAAGUGACAUGUUCGGUGUACAAAUCUCUCAAAUUGGCCCAAAACUUUUAAGAGAACUCCAGACCAUAACAUUUCAAGGCUUGACUGGAGAGUUCUACUUAAUUGAUGGGCAGCUGAAGGCUUCAUCCUUGGAGAUAUUCAAUGUGUUUGAAACAGGGGAUAAAACGAUUGGUUACUGGACACCUGAUCAAGGAAUUAUGCCAAAAUUGUCUUCAAGCACUAGACAAUCAUAUUCAACUUCCAUAAAGGAACUAAAGACCAUUAUAUGGCCUGGAGAUUCAGUAAAACAGCCAAAAGGAGUGGCUAUUCAGAAAUUAAGAGUAGGGGUCCCCAAGAAAUAUGGUUUCACUGAAUUUGUCAAUGUUCCAGACAAUCUUCCAAACCAGACUAAGAUCACUGGUUAUUCACUAGAUAUAUUCCGUGCUGUAAUGGCGCAGCUGAAUUUUAGUGUUGAUUGUGAGAUCAUCCCUUUUACAAAUGAAAGUGGAUUCGGUAAUGGAACUUACAAUGAUCUUCUUCACAAUGUAGGCAAGGCUUUUGAUAUAGCUGUGGGAGACAUAACGAUUUUGGCUGACCGAGCAGGAUAUGUUGACUUUACAUUGCCAUACUCUGAAUCAGGAACUGUUUUGGUGGUAAAAAAUAAAAAGGGGAAAGACAUGUGGAGUUUUGUAAAACCUUUUAGGUGGGAUCUUUGGCUGACGAUUAUCAGCACCUGCAUUUUCAUUGGGAUAGUACUCAGGCUUUUGGAGCAUAGAGAAAAUGAGAAGUCUGAUUCUGCUGAAACAAAUAAUCAGAAAUUUGGAUUUCUCUUUUGGUUUCCAAUUUCUAUUCUUGCUUUCCCUGAAAAAAACAUGGUUGCCAGCCACUGGUCGAGGUUUGUGUUGGUAGUGUGGUUGUUAAUGGCUUAUAUCAUGAUGCAGAGCUACACCGCAAAUCUAUCAGCAAUUUUCACAGUAGAUCAGCUAGAUUUCAGAUUUUCAAAUGACUAUUACAUCGGCAUCCAAAAAGGCAGCUUUACGAAAGAUUUCUUGGUAGAUCGUCUCCAUGUUAAUGAGUCAAAGAUCAAGGAAUACUCAACUAUUGAGGAAUAUCAUUAUGCCAUGAAUAAGGGGAGCGAAAAUGGAGGAAUUGAUGCCAUCUUUGAUGAAAUCCCUUAUAUGAAGCUGUUUCUUGAUCGAUACGACUCCGACUAUAAAAUAGUAGGCACUACAUUCAGGACAGAUGGAUUUGGCUUUGCGUUCCCUUUGAAGUCUCCACUAGUUGUUAACUUCUCAAGAGCAAUCCUAUCAGUGACAGAAGAUGAAAAUAUGAAUGCAAUUGAGCAAAGGAAUUUUGGACCUAAGUAUUCCCCUUUUAAUCAAAGUGAUUCAGUCAACAAGCAAAGCCCGAGUUUAACAACUUUUGAUUUUGGAGGACUUUUUAUUAUAGUAGCCUCAGCUCUGUUAUUUGCAUUGUUCUGCUCUGAGACCUCAGUUGGUCAAAAGCUGACUGAAAGGGUCAGGUACUAUCACCACAGAUGUUCCAUUUUCCUAUCAUUCAGGGGGAACGAACCAAAAGUUAACUCGACAGCCAAUCCUGAUCGCAGUGGAGAUUCAUCCAGUGAAAAGGAACAAGGGCCUGAUGACUCUGAUAGGCUAAAUUUAGAUGAUUCGUCUGGACCAGGCGCACCUGCCCGUGAAUCUGAGCAAAGAAAUGCGGACAUUUCAGCUACAGAUGGUCAAGCAAAUGAAACUGAGUCUGAGCAAAGAGACAUUGCUGUUUCUGCAAGACAGAUCAGUUCAUGAAGUACUAGAAGCAUGUAAAAACUUCAGCAAGUAGGAUAUAAUCUGAAUGUUUGUCUCGGGCUUCUUUGGUGCUUUUUGAGCAAAAAAGUUAUUCAAGUCACAACUUAGAGGGCUGAACAUGUUGCAUGAAGCUAUUCCUUAUGGUUCAUCGAUUUUUAUUUUAGCUAGUUACUAAGCUUUGGUUCGCCUGUCUGUGAAUCGAUGAGGGGAUCUACAUGAUUUUUUAUUUUUUGUUUAUUUGGGUUCGAUUAUAUGUUUAACAACAGGAACAUAUUGUAGAUUAAGUUGAUUCA